CACGUGACGUCCCCCGGCAUGCCGCGCGCGCUCCGCGAGGCUUGGACCCCUCUUCCCUCCUCGUCCAUCGCUGGGGCAGCGCAGGGGCUGAUUCUCACACCUCGACACGAAAUCAACAAGAACAACAAACGAAUUAACUCAUCGCAAGCGACACUAUACCGAGUGCUACCGGCGCACGCGAGAGCGGGGAGACCUCGCUCGCUCGCUCAGCACGCUCCACUCUCUCGUACGGCAUCUAUUCUCCUCUCGCGGAAGUGUUUAUGAAUAAUUCAAAGCAGCCGAAGCCGACGCUAACGGGGCAGCGAUUCAAGACCCGCAAGCGGGAUGAGAAGGAGAAGUUUGAGCCGUCUCUCUUCCGAGAUGCCAUAGUGCAGGGCCUGGACGAGACGGCCGGGGACCCUGAGGCCGUGUCCCGCUUCCUCGACGUCACCGGCUCCAAGCUCGACUACCGCCGUUACGCAGACACGCUCUUCGACGUGCUGGUGGCGGGCGGCAUGCUGGCGCCGGGUGGCACGCUCGUGGACGAUGGAGACAAGUCGAAGGUGACACGCACAAGCGUGUGCGUGUUCACGGCUGACGAGGACAUUGAAAAGAUGCGGGCCUUUGCGCAGGUCUUUUCGAAGCUCCUUCGACGAUACAAAUACCUGGAGAAAUACCUGGAGGAGGAGUUCAAAAAGCUGCUCAUGUUCCUGAAGGGCUUCUCCGAGUCGGAGCAGAACAAGCUGGCCAUGUUCACCGGUAUCCUACUGGCGGGAGGCGCUCUGCCCGCCACCGUGCUCUCCAGCCUCUUCACGGACGCCAUCGUCAAAGAGGGAAUCUCGGCAACGUUUGCCGUGAAGCUGUUUAAGACCUGGAUAGCGGAGAAGGACAUGAACUCCGUAACGUUUGCUCUGAAAAAGGCCAACAUGGACAAGAGGCUUCUGGAGCUGUUUCCUCCAAACAAGCAAAGUGUGGAACACUUCUCCGCGUACUUCACAGCCAACGGACUCACGGAGCUCGCCACCUUCCUGCGCGCUCAGCAGACGCUCGGCACGCGCAAAGAGCUGCAGAAGGAGCUGACUGAGAAACUGGAGUUGGGAGAGCCGGUGAAGGAGAUCGCCGUGUACGUGAAGGAGGAGAUGAGGAAGAAUGACAUUUCCGAGCAGGCGGUGGUGAGCCUCAUGUGGACGUGCGUGAUGAAUAAGGUGGAGUGGAACAAGAAGGAGGAGUUGGUCACGGAGCAAGCGGUCAAGCACCUCAAGCAAUACACGCCGUUGUUGGCAUCCUUCACCAGCCAGGGCCAGUCAGAGCUCACGCUCCUACUCAAAGUGCAGGAGUACUGCUACGGCAACAUACACUUCAUGAAGACCUUCCAGAAGAUAGUGGUGCUCUUCUACAAAGCGGACGUGUUGAGUGAGGAUACCAUCCUGAAGUGGUACCGUGAGGCUCACCUGGCCAAGGGCAAGAGCAUCUUCCUGGAGCAGAUGAAGAAGUUUGUGGAGUGGUUGCAGCAUGCGGAGGAAGAGUCGGACUCUGGUGAGGAGGAGGAUUAACGCGACCGUGCACUGCUAUAAACUCGUCACCCCCUCGCCGGGGGCGGAGGGGGACACCAGAUUUCGCUCGUGCCCAAGCGUUCAGCUGCAGGAAGGGGGGCACCCUGUUGACAGAGGACGACCCGUUUGCUUUUGGGAGCGCCAAAAGCAAACGCUGUACCUGCACACGGCAGCGUUGUGUGUUCAAGCCAGGCGUGCUCCACGGAGAUUCAGCGAUUUUUCCAAAAGGAUGUGUAUAGCCUCUCGACAGCAUUUCACUCUCGGUUCUGCCCCCACCUCCCUCCCCAGUGAGACUCGCCACGCGCACACUCGGCUACGUACGCGCACACAUCGGUGAAUGACAACGACCCCGUUGUAUUCCAACUUGCGCGUUGAGAUUUUUUUUCCUUUUAACAUGUAAACAUUGUGUUUGGUUGGUUUUGGCAGUGGGAGUGGUAAUCGGUAGGUUCGUGGCUGCCCCAUCCCCUGCCCGAGUGUGCUCGCCGGACAGUUUUGCCCGCACAGUCGCUUUGCGGUCGUGUGUUGCAUUCUGCUUGGUUUCAGUCCCACCUUGAAGCCACGCUCGCCACGCUUCAAAGGCGAGUGCUGUUUAUUAACAUGGCAAAAGAACGCUGGGUAUUUUUUACUUUACAAUUAAAACCCGGUAAAUCGACGCAACCAA